ACUGUGCGAUUGCAUGCACCAAAACAUUAUUGUUUAUUUACGUUGUCAUAAAGGAAAGGUCAUAACAUAACUUUUUGAUUUCAAAUGGAUAACAUUACUAAUGUGAAAAUUGUUGAGUGUGAUGAAUCAAUGUACCUAAAACCGGCUCGCAUGUUAUAUGAACAGAAUGGGAUUAAAAAAUCAUGGGAUUUAAUGCGUAUUCAUGAUAGUGUGGGUAUCAUAAUCUUUAAUGUAACUCGGGAAGUUUUACUUUUUGUGAAGCAGUUCAGACCUGGAAUGACUAUUGAGCUUUGUGCAGGGAUUGUAGAUAAGGUCCAGAGCCUAGCUGAGACAGCCAGAGAUGAAAUAUUAGAAGAAUGUGGAUAUUCAGUUCCACUGACAUCAUUACAGAGAGUUACUUCAUAUAGGUCAGGAGUUGGUGUAACUGGCUCCAAUCAAACUUUGUUUUAUGUGGAAGUAACUGAUUCAAUGAAAGUGUCUCAAGGCGGGGGCAACAAUUAUGAAGGAGAAUAUAUAGAAGUUAUAGAGAUGGAUCUCGAGCAAGCUUAUUCAUUAAUAUAUGAUGAAAAAGUACCUAGACCUGCAUCUCUUAUGUUAGCUUUAAUGUGGUUCUUUAGAAACAAAACUUCUAGAAUUGUUCAAAAAUUAUAGAAAAUGUAAUUAUGAUAAAAAAUUUAUGCAACAUUUCGGAGAUUAUCAAUUUAUAAUAUUUAUUUAAAAUCAUAUAUGUAUAUUUAUAUUAGUUGUGGGGAAUAUAUUGUUUUUGCAUAUGUUUAUAUUUGUUUAAAUUUAGUACUUGUAAAAUGUAUACACUGUUUGCCAUGUUUAAUAACUUUAUUUAGUUUAAGGUAAAAUUAUAUGUAAAAAUGCUGCUAAAAUACAUAUUAUAAUGUUUUUAAUUUGCAUCUUAUUGCAAUUUAAAGUGAUAAAUGUUCAUGCAAAAUUGUAAGAUUUCCAAGUUGUAAUAAUUAUGUAUCAUAUUUAAUAAUUGGUAAAAUUCAGCCUUGUUUUUAGCAAACAAAAAGUUCUUCUUGAAACAAAAAGUGUAUGCAUUUCAAGAGACAAACAGCAUAGUCUUCCAUAUUGAAUGGAUGUAACACAUUAUUCAGAAUUUUUCAUUUGAAAUCAAACACCAAGCAAAAGCUGACUUUCAGUUAUUAAAUUUUCAAGUUGUUUGCAAUAUUUAACAUUCCUUAAAAAUCACUUUAUUUUUAUCAUUAAUAAUAAUGUGAAAAUCCUAAAAUUUUCCUGAAUUUUGUUCUAAUAAAUAAGAAUAAAAAAGCAAAGCUCUUUUCCCUACUAAGUUCUUAAUAUGAAGUAAUUCUUCAUGCUGCUAAUACUUAAAAUAAGUGAUAUUACAUUGGCUAUUUGUGUAUGUAUACCGGUAAUUAUUUGAGCAACUGUUUUGAUUGUGAUAUGGUACUGUUUAAUGAUGUAUAUAAUGUUAAAGAAUUAUCAAGAAUAAAUAUCAUUCAUUUUUAGGAUGAGCUUCUCUUUUUUAUUGUAUGUAAUCAACGAAACCUAGUGUUUAUUUAACAUUUGUUUAACCUCUUGCCUUACCAUUGGAGUUGCAAGAGCACAUGACAUAAAUAUCAACAAGGUCAUCACAUGUCGAGACGUUUUAUGGUUUGGCCGAAACAUUCGACAUGGAAACAACUCCAGCCUCAGUUAUGUCCAAAUAUUGCACAUUUUUCUAAAAGAUUUAUGGUAACUGGCUUUAUUACAAAACUGUCAAACAUUAAAGCUAUGUUACUGAAUUGCCAGUUAUAUACUGAAUUAUUAAACUGAAACAACUGACUGCAGAUUACCAAAGUAAUCAAAUAGACAGUUCUAUUGUUAAUACUUCACUUUUCUGUUCAUUUUUCAGAUACAGCAUAUGAGGAAGUUUCUUUGAUCAAGUAAGGGUAAUUUUUAAAUGUACUUUGACCAUUUGAAAACUGGCCCACCAGUGGCCUAGCAGUAAAAUCGCUGAACACUGGUAGUUUGGUCCAAGGUUCAAAUCCCACGAAUGGGAUGGCUACAUGUGCGUUUUCAUGGUUUUCCCCAUGUAUAUGAGCCAGUUUCCCUUAGAAGGAUGAAGGCAUUCCUCCUCUUAGGCAGAUAACCCUCAAGGCUUUGCCAUAGUCAUAUAAACAAAAAACCAUUUGAAAACUAACUGUGAAAGACCAAACAAAUCACACUUUUGUCUAUUGUGAUAUGUAAGUGCUGUGUAAGGUUAAAACUAAUUUUAUUUUGCAAGAUGUUCGAUAAAUACCUGUCAAUUUAUGUCAAACAAUAAAUGUUUAUUAUCCUGAAUUGAAAUUUAUCACAGGUUUUAUUUUGCAUAAUUUAUCGUGUCAUUCACGAAAUUGUUAUUGCAAAAUGCAGACAUAUAGUUAUUUGAAAAAAUCUGUUGAAUGGUGUCAUUUUUCUGGAUAUUGAAGUUUCUAUAACUGCUGUUGUAGACCAGCGAAUUUUAAUUUUAUGUUUUUUAACUUCAGCCAUUAUUAUGUGUAGUGUAAAAUAUAUUUUCAUUUCAUCACAGUUUACAGGAAACCAAGUCUUAUCUAUUUUAUACCUUUUAUUUGAAUUCUUUGCUAUGUGGUUUGCGUAUCAAUUCGUCUCAGGGACAAUAUUUUCCUGAAGUAUAUGAUCAAUGCCUAAUUCUUUUUUGUUUUCACCUAACAGACUUAAAGUUACCCUUUUAUUCCAGAUAUCUCUGUGUAGUUACAAAUUUUUGGUUCAUUAAUUUUACAUUCCAAAUCCAUAGCGGGCCCACCAGCAGCUGAACGGUAAAGUCGCUGAACACUGGUAGUUCAGUUCAAGGUUCAAAUCCCAUGAACGGGCUGGCUGCAUGGGCGUUUUUGUGGUUUUUCCCAUGUUUAAUGUGUAUACGAGCAAGUUUCCCUUAGAAAGUCCUCCACGAUAGCAUCCCUUCUCUUAGGCAGAUAGCCCUUGAGGCUUUACAUAAUCACAUAAAAACAAACAAAACCAAACCAAAUCCAUAGCUCUGAUUGUUGAUGAUUACUGUGGUCUUUUUUGUCUGUGUCAUCUUCAUUAACUAGUAUUGCCAGUAGUCGCUUACAAUAUUUUCAUGUAGGAAGUAAAAUGUCAGUACUGUCACUUUAAAAUAUCUAUCAAAUCAUUGUUUAUGUUGAUAGUAGAACUUUCACUGCUCUUAUGAAAGCUUAAUAUUUUUUCGAAAACAUUUUAAAGCGUAUGAAGUAUUUAAGAAAAUAUAUCUGCCCAUCCAAACAUGGCCAGAAAAUCAGUAAGUGUGUAGCCCAAACAUUGUACCAUUUCUCUCACAUGUUGUGUUUAUUUUUGGCCGGAUCAACUUAACACGUUUCUCACUCGACAUCAUAAGGGGGCAAAAUAAAAAGGCUUCAGCAUUUCACAAGACAAAAUUGAAGUUAUGCACCUUGAAUUCCACUUGAAGAUGUAAUUUAUGAUAAAGGAUUAACAGCUGUUGAUUUUGAUGAUUUGAACCUCAAAAGUAUAAAAAUUUUUACUAUCAAGAUCUGAGUAUAUAUAAUAGCUGCAUGGAUUAGUUGAAAGCAAUGCAAUAUACUUACAAUAUCAAUAUUUGAAUAAUUCUAAUUGUAUACAAAAAUGAUCAUAUCAGAACACCAACUGAUAUUUGUAUCUCUAAAUGAUGGCCAUAUAAUGAAUUAGGGUGAAGUACUUUUUAGGAAAUGAAACCUUCCAUAGUUAGCAAAUGAUAUAAAUUUAGUUAAUCGCAUAUUAUUUUUGUAUAUUAUUAUAUUAACUAUUUGAUUGCUGAGAAAUCUGCUUGCUUUUAUUUAUUUAUCAGCUUACCUUACCUUUAAAUGAACUAAAUUUUACUUUAAUUUUUUAAUUGAAAAUUAUUUUGAUUGAAAUAUAGACAAGAUAUUAAGCAUUUCAAACAUUUAUCUUCUUUCAAGAGUCAUGGUAAGUUUCAUGCAGCAUUUAUUUUUUAUUUUUAUUACUCUUGAAAUGUGUAAAAUAUGAGUUUAUUUAUACCUUUGUUUACCGAUAAUCUUAUACUGAGGAAUCAUUGGGUAAUUCAUAUAUAUUUAUGAUUACUUUCCUUGGAAGCUGCGGAUAUUUUACUUUAAAUUUAUUAUAGAGUUAAUGUACACUCUUUAUAUAAGUAGCAUUAUCACCAAAUAGUCUUAUAAGAAUAUUUGUAGUGUGGAGUGAAUUUUGAUUUUGCUAAGAUCAUGUGAAUUAAGGAAAUUUAUUUAAUGGCAUUUAUUAAACUAAUUUAGCAUUAGAUUCAAAUAGAAAGAGAAAUACAUAAAUGUUAAACUUAAAAUUUAUCAAAACAGAAAUCUUGUUUUGGCAUAGAAUUUAAAUAAAACUCUGAUAAUUUAGAGAGCGAUCAGACACAAGUCCCUUUUUUGAAGAGCUUGGGCUUAUGUAUGAUCUUCCUCAAAUGUAUUAUUAAUUUCACUACUUGGAUGAAUACUUUUCAAUAAUAUGAUUUUAAAUAUCGGUCCAAUACUUUAAAUUAUUCUAAUGUAAUUUUUAAAUAUAUCAUAAAUUAAAAUAUGGUUGCUGUUAAACUGUUAACGUUAGAGUGAAGCAGAGGAUGAUAUAUAAUAGAUAAAUUAUGGGGAAAACUCAAUGAUUGUCUACUGAUAAACAUAAAUAGAUUUUGUUAUGAUUUUUAAUGGCUUUCUUUUAAAUAACUUGAUCAUGUAUUGCAGGAAUUCUUCAUAUCGGUUGUUAUGUGUUUUGUACAAAGAAUAUUUUUGUACAGAGUUGCAACAUAAUGUACAAUUCUCAUCUUUAAAUGAAUAAGCAAUUCAAUACUUGAUUCAUUAUUGCCAUUUUUAAGAAAAAAUAUCUACCCAGAGUGUUUUCAUAAAGUACAUCUGGGUUUCCACUGCAUAGAAAAUCCAAAAAAGUCAAGAAAAUGAAAAAUGAUCUAUGAAAAUAUAAACUUUUUUCAAACAAUGAGAAAAGCUUAAAUAAAUAAAACAAUCUUAUUAUAUAAUAAAAAAGUUCAUGAUGUGAAUAAAAAAUAUGCCUUUCUUAAAAUGACAGCAAAUAAAGAGUUAUUGUAAUCUUUGUUUUUCUUAUAGAAGCUAUUUUAACCACCUCAUAUUUUUCUGCUAAAAUUUUAUCAACAUACAGCUCUUCUCUCCAUGUGCUAGUUAGCUGUUACUCAUUUCUUUAGAAAUGUAGCUCCUAUUUCACCUUUCUAGCUUUAGAAUUUUUUUCCAUUUGCUUCAUAAUAAUGUGUAAGAUAAAUUAAGGUUUUAAUUAUUUCACUGUAUUUUGUAAUAAAUGCAUAAAAGUUAUUCAAGUAUUCACAAAUUAAAAAUUAGUUAGUCUUGAUCACGAAAAUUGCUCAUUUUGUUUACAGAAAAUCAGAGGAGGUCAGGGAAGUUAAAAGUUGAUUUGCAUAGAAACUGUUUAAUUACAUAGAAAAUAUAAUGUUUCAUGAUUUAUGCCAUAUGGUUGGUUGUAUUAUCAAGAGAAAUUCAGAACGAUUGCUGCAUUACCUUUUGGUUCACAAUGUCUGCUGAUGAUUUAAAUAUAAUUUGACAUUUUUAUUUAUAUAUUUCUAAACCGAUGUUGUCAUUAAGUUUUUUAAUUUUUCAUUUUCAUAGUAUUACGUUCACUAGAUUUUUAUCAUACCAUUUUGAAUAAUAUGAGUUUAGACAUAACCAUCUUACGAUUUAAAUUGAUUUGGAAUAAGGUAAAAUAGUUUUGCAAUUGUUUCAGAAGUCUUUUCAUUUAGCCCAGCAUAAAUCAAUCUGUUAGUGUCUUUUAUGUUAAAUAUUUUAAUGCAUCAUUUAUUUUAAAUAGACAUCUUACAUCUUAUUUCUAUAUUUUUUAAUUAGGUAGUUGUUUUAUACAAAUUUGCUGCUGUGUCUUUAGCUGUGGUAAAUUCUCAACAAAGGUGUUGAGUUUGAUAAAGUACUUUAAAAACUUUUAAAAUUAUUAUUAUAUUAUUGAAAAUAAAUAAAACAUUAGGUAUUUUUGAAUAAAAAAUUAUAAUUUUUAUAUUUUGGUUUAAAAAAAUUAAAAAUUGUUUGAAUACAGAACCUCAUGUAUGUGUUUAUUCAUUUGUAUUUUUCUUCUCAGUAUUCACCUUUGAAUAUUAAAAAAUGAAAUUUU